ACUACUGGCUGCUGUGGACGUAGCUUCUCUGCACUAUACGUGCAGUACAUACAGGGGGCUGCUUAGCUGUGGUUGGUAUUGUCGUUUGGUGUACGAUGACGUCAGUUUCCCUGAACGAGACGUUCUGGUCUUUUCUUUUAUCCCACAUUUUAUUUAUGUUGCUUAUCAAUGGCGUUUAUACCGCUCCAGAGAUGGGACAAUGGACUAUUACUGUUGUCAAUACAUCAAGACCUUUGCUAUUAAAAAAGUCCAUGUACAAGAACACUGAUAUCCAGUUAAAAGUCCCUUAUUUUAACUGUUCAGUAGAAAUCUCAUUUGAUAUCAGGUGGUAUUUAAAGUUCUACCCUUGUCACAACGAAUUCAGUAACAUAGAGGAAAUGUAUGAUAAGACGCCACUGAGUAGAGGAGAAGGUCUCGACCCCAAACCUCUUGCACCUGGAGAGUACAUCGAACACAUGUACAGAAAGUUAACCUGCAGCAAUGGGAUCCAGGUUUUCCCCAUGCUAAAUAAAUCCCAGGCAGAACCAAGAACAGUAGAACCACGAGUGGAUUCAUUUCAUGAUGCCAAUUACACCAGGUGGCUUACAGCAGAAACUGCAGUUAAACCAGGUAAAAAGGAUCAUGUCAUUGCUACAACAUGGAGAGAUGGACCAUAUCUACUUGUGGUAUUGAUCAAGACCGACAAGGAAGUCAACUGGAAUUUAACCUUAACUGUGAUGAUGAAAGGAGAACAUGGUUAUAUUUCAGUCACAGAAUGGCCUCUUAUGAUCUUCUACAUGGUGAUGUGCAUUGUCUACAUCCUGUAUGCUCUGCUCUGGUUCAUCUGGGCCUCUUGCUACUGGAAAGACCUGUUGCGUAUCCAGUUCUGGAUAGCUGGCGUGAUCUUCCUGGGCAUGAUAGAGAUGGCAGUGUUCUGUGCGGAGUAUGAGAACACUAAUUCUGUUGGCUCAGCAUCUCAAAGCUUGCUGGUUUUUGCUGAACUUGUGUCAGCUCUGAAGAGAACACUGGCUCGACUCUUGGUCAUCAUUGUCAGUCUGGGCUAUGGUAUAGUCAAGCCACGCUUGGGCACUGUUAUGCACAGAGUCGUGGGUCUUGGGGUCCUCUACUUUGCCUUUGCUGCCAUUGAGGGUAUUUUGAGGAUUACUGGGGCCAAAGAUUCUGACCUGGCCUUGCUGGCCAACAUUCCCCUGGCACUGCUUGACUCCUCUCUCUGUUGGUGGAUAUUUGUUAGUCUUGCACAAACCAUAAAGACGCUGAAACUCAGGAGAAACCCAGUGAAACUGUCAUUGUACAGACACUUCACCAAUACCCUCAUCUUCGCUGUAAUUGCUUCUGUCAUUUUCAUGGUAUGGACGACAAAGAAAUUCCGAUUAGCAGACUGUCAGGCUCAGGAUUGGAUGGAGCUCUGGGUAGAUGAUGCCUUCUGGAGGUUUCUGUUUUCUGUCAUACUGCUUGUCAUCAUGUUUCUCUGGAGACCAUCUGCAAAUAACCAAAGAUAUGCAUUCACACCAUUAAUUGAUGAUUCCGAUGAUGAAGAGAUUGAAGAAUUCUUGGUGUCCGCAAACAUUGCUGAUGGCAUAAAAUUGAGAACUGCUAAGACUGAGACUAAUGGAACUACGAAACCUCCUGCAUCUAGUGUGGAUGAAGACUUGAAGUGGGUGGAAGACAACAUUCCUUCCUCUUUAACAGAUGUUGCUUUGCCUGUUCUUCUUGACUCCGAUGAGGAACUCAUGACGACAAAAUAUGAGAUGUCAAAAAUGCAGUGAAAGCACAAAUUAAUGGCCUCCUUCUGAGACCACAGGUGGUGGUGCUGCUGCUGCUCCUCCCACAACCAGUACUAGAUCCUUACCAGUGAGAAAAGGAUAAACACCAGGCAAGACAGGCGAAGAGUUUGAUGGUGUAUCAGAAGGGAAGCAGAAUUAUGCUUCAAGUCACAGGAGUAUCCUGGCUCACCUAGCAAGUCCUUUCUGUAUUCAUGACUUUGACAUCUAUUGUGAAAGGUUCCUGCAUCCACCAGAAAUACGAUUACUCAUUCACGCAUUUUAGAAUCAUUCCAUUCGUCAUAAAAACAGACAAGUCAAACAGCCCAUCAAUCUAAGCAGAAAUAUACUAUAAUUUAUUUCUCUACCAAUUUUCACUACUUUGUUUCAGCCACUUUAGGGCUUGAGUUUAGAAGUGGGGGUGGGGUGGUUUUUUUGUUUUUUGGGGUGUAGUGGGUGUUUUUUUUUUUUUUUUUUUUUUUAAUGAACAUCUCUAUUUAACAAGAACAAGAAGUUGAAUGACCAAAGACCUGGUUUGUUUCGUCUUUAGUAGAGGAAAUAAAUCCGAAAUUUUCUUCAGGUGUCCUCUAUGCUUGUUUGUGUUUCAUGGCGGUGAGCCAUUUUGCUUCUGAAAAUACAGUAUGGGAGCAGGAUGUUCUGAUUUAAUUUGUAAAUAUACAUGUUUUCUUAAAUGGCUGGGUAAUGAGUAAAAUAAAACGUAAGAGUUUCAACUCUAGUCAGGGUAAUUACUACUGAACUGAGCUGGAUCACUUUAGCAGGAAGCAAAAAGUGCCUCUUGCACCAAAAGCAAUAUGCUGUUAAUAUUCCUCCAUUGCCUUGUGCACUUUUUAAAAAUACAUUGUGUUUUGUUUUUUAAAAUCAUAAACCUUAAACACCUAAUCAUAAAAAUAGUUGGUCUUGUAGAAUCACGCAUUUUUCCUGUUUUAUGUUGAAUGUUUUCAUUUCUUUUCAGAGAAAAGCACAGUUUGCUGUACAGAGAUACACCCACAGGACAACUGGUGUGAAUUGGAUGGUUAGAAUCUGUUGUAGCCUACUUGUGUGCUCACCUUCUUGUCAGAGAUAAAAUAAAUUAUGCUAAUUUUG